AUGAAGUUUGACGACGUCUUAGCAGAAGUGGGAGAGUUUGGACCUUAUCAGAAGCGACUUUACCAUCUGUUGUGUUUAGUAGGCAUUAACGCAGCUUUCCAGGUGCUGAGUGUUAUAUUUACACUGGCUAUACCCGAACACAGAUGUGCUAUCCCCGAUCUUCUAAACGACACUUACGAAAGUCAAGGAGACUGGCACGAUGUACUGGCAAAACAGAUGAUACCAUGGUCUAAUGAAACUCAGACCUUCUCCAAGUGCACUGUGUUUCGACGAGAUGAGGUGUCCAGUUUCUACACCAAUGAAACCACAGGCUGCAAUAAAUGGGUGUACAAGAAAGAUCCGUUCCAGUCCACCUUUAUAACUGAGGAUAAUCUUGUCUGUGAAAAAAUCAACCUGAGAACUUACGCCAACAUGAUCAUGAUGGGAGGCAUGAUGUUUGGAGCCAUAUUUAUGGGCUCUCUCUCAGACUUAGUGGGUCGAAAGAAAGUUCUGAUGCUGGGUAUUGUGGGUAAUCUGGGCACUUCUGUUGCUCUAGCUUUUAUGACGUCAUACAUCCCCUUCGUAGUUGUCCGGGUGUUGAUUAUGAUUUUUGGAUCCGGCAUGUUUCUGACGUCUUUUGUUAUCGGAUUGGAAAUUGUUGGACCAAGUAAGAGAACCAUUGCUGGCAUAGUCAUCGAGAUCUACUGGGUGGUCGGCAUGUUCAUCAUGACAGGUCUGGCCUAUGGCUUGCGACACUGGAAUCAUCUACAGCUGGCUCUGUCUGUGCCCAGUGUCUUCUUUCUGUUGUAUAUCUUCAUUAUCCCCGAAUCGCCACGGUGGCUCAUCAGCAAGGGCAGACGAGAAGAAGCAUCCAAAGUGAUCCAGCGUAUAGCUCGAGGGAAUGGCGUGACCUUGUCAGAGAAAACGGCAGCCCUUCAAGAGGUGGAGUUGGAAGGCCAAGGGGAGAAAAUCUGGCAGAUGUUUACGACACCUGUCUUACUUAUCAGAUGUCUAGUGAUUUUCUUCAACUGGACAGUAGCUAGCAUGGUGUACUACGGUCUCAACCUAAACGUGGGCAGUCUCUACGGAGAUAUCUACCUCAACUUUUUUCUGUCAGCCCUAGUGGAACUUGCCGCUUAUAUCGUCUGCUUGCGCUUUCUGGAUACUCCGGGACGGAAACCGCUCCAGUGUGCCGCCAUGUUGACUGGGGGCGUGGCUUGUAUCUGUACUCUGUUUCCGGUCAUUUAUAAUGCUCCAGGUUGGGUGACUGUGAUGAUGUCGUUGAUCGGCAAGUUCGGUGCCUCGGCAGCCUUCGCUAUCAUCUACGUCUUCUCGGCUGAGCUGUUUCCAACUGUGAUGAGGAAUUCUGGGAUGGGUCUCAGCUCUUUUUCUGCCAGAAUUGGAGGGAUCCUGGCGCCGUUCAUUGCAGAUAUAGGAAACGUAAUUGAAGGAGACUUUGCAGUGGCUCUUCCCCUGAUCAUCUUUGGAGUGGUCAGUAUUGCAGCGGGUCUCUUGGCACUUCUACUACCAGAGACUGCCUACAGAAAGCUCCCUGAUACUGUAGAAGAUGCAAAACAGUUCGGCAGGGAUGACAUAGGAGGAAAGAACAGCUACAAUUUAACCAAAACUGACAAGGAAGCAUCGCCUGUAACAAAUGGGGCAGUGAACCGAGCGUUCACCUUGGACGAACAAAAUAAAUGA